CUAUAUAUACUUCGUUUUUCAUUCUUUCUCAAUCACAUCUUACAAAUUUAACUAAUAUAAUCUGUUUUAUUUUUUCUUAUAAAAAAAAUGGGAAUUUUCUCAAAUGAGCACGAUAACAAAGUUGUGGUGCUUAAAAUGGCUAUAAUGGUUGUGGUUGUUGUUAUGGUGAGUUCUACUGCUUAUGCUGCAGGUAACUUCUUCAACGAUUUUGAAUCCACAUUCGGUGGCCAUAGGGUUCAGAUUUCCGGCCCGGGAAGCGAGCAACUCGCGCUCUCCUUAGACCAAGGUUCGGGAUCUGGGUUCCGUUCUAAGAAGGAAUAUUUGUUUGGGAGGAUUGAUAUGCAGAUGAAACUUGUUCCUGGUAACUCUGCUGGCACGGUCACUACAUUAUAUUUGACAUCUGAUCAAAGCACAGGAAGACACGACGAGAUCGAUUUCGAGUUCUUAGGUAACGUUAGUGGCCAGCCUUACACUCUUCAUACUAAUGUGUUUAGCCAAGGCCAAGGCAAUCGAGAGCAACAAUUCCACCUUUGGUUUGAUCCAACAAGCAACUUCCAUACCUAUUCUAUUGUAUGGAACCCAAAACUUAUCAUGUUCUUGGUUGAUGAAACACCGUUAAGAGUGUUUAGAAACUAUGAGAAUAAGGGAAUCACAUUUUUCCCAAAGAGCCAACCCCAAAAAAUCCAUGCUAGCCUUUGGAACGCCGACGAUUGGGCUACACAAGGUGGAUUGGUUAAGACAGAUUGGUCUAAGGCUCCGUUCACGGCCUUCUAUCGCAACUUCAACAUCGAUACCUCGGCCGACGGAAAGUGGAGGAACCAUGAUCUUGAUGCAAACAGCAGGAGUAGAAUGGAAUGGGUUCAGAAGAAUUAUAUGGUGUAUGAUUAUUGCAUUGAUUGGAAACGAUUCUCUCAAGCUUUUCCACCAGAGUGUAAGCACUCCAAGUUUGAGUAAGGGGGUCAUUUUGGACAUUACAUGUUGUCAAAUAUUGUGUAAUCUCGUAUUAUUCUCAACAAUAACACACGUAUAUAUAGUACAACUCAGUUACC